AUGAUUAUAACGUUCGAAGGAUUGCCAAACGAAAUUCUUCUGAGAGUAUUUUCUUAUUUCUCGUGGUCAGAGUUAUUAACAUUUUUAUGGUCAUUAAAUACACGUUUCGAUACUCUUAUAUGUUCUCUUCUUUCAAAAUUUAAUAAUGUUCUUAUUAUUAUUGAACCAUAUUUAUCUUUUGCUAAAUGUCAUGCAAUAUUAUUUCCAUUGGUUUCUCUUUCUUCAUCAUUACUAACUUGCAUUCAACGUAUUCAUAUUGAUGAAACAAAUCCGAGUGCUUAUGAUUUAAUAUAUGGAAUGACUUUUUGA